AGAACCAAUAUAUGACUCUUGAUUUCACUCAUAUUCUUUCCAUUGAUAGAAGCACAACGGACGCGUUCUUGUUGCGGUCUCUGGAUUCCUGCAGAGUUCUGUUGGAGGUCAAAUAAUCUCAAGUCCUUUUACUGAUCAGACUUUUGUCAGCAAGAUUUGUUACCCGUCUUCCUAGGAACCAUGACCAUGGAGCUACUUGACAUUCAACCUACUGAACUCAAAUUUACAUUUGAGCUGAAGAAACAAAGCUCCUGCUCUGUUCAGAUGUUCAACAAUUCUGACCAGUAUGUUGCAUACAAGGUCAGAACUACAAAUCCUAAGAAAUAUUGUGUGCGUCCAAAUAUUAAUGUCAUCUCACCAAAGGCAUCUUGUGAAAUCAUAAUCACCAUGCAAGCUCAGCAAAUUGCUCCGCCUGACAUGAAGUGCAAGGACAAGUUCCUUAUUCUGAGUACAGCCGUUCCAGAUGGAACCACUGUGGAGCAAAUUUCCCAUGAUAUAUUUGCAAAAGAAGAUGGCAGAGCUGUUGAAGAAAGGAAGUUGAAGGUAGCCCUCAUCAAUCCUCCAAAUUCUCCAAUCUUGCAACCUAUUGAUGGUGUGGUAAGGCAAGAACCUACUUCCAAAGCUUCAAGGCCAGAGGAAGGUGUAGACGCACCUAAUGGGAACAACAGCCUGCCAUCUCAGACUGUGACAAAGGAUGUCGGCAAACUGAUAGCGAAGCUCAGUGAGGCUGAGAAAGUAAUCACAAGCUUGAGAGAAGAAAGAAAAACCCUACUUCAGCAGCAGGAAGUGUUGCAGGAAGAACUUGGACUGGCAAAGAAGCAGAAUAAGCGUCGCCAAAUUCGAGUGGGCUAUCCAUUUCUCUUCGUUUGUUUCAUUGGCCUUGUUGGAUUGAUGUCCGGAUCCAUGUUACACUUAUAACGCCCACGCCACUCUGCCAAUAUAUCAGCAUUAUUCAGCCAAGGCGACAACAGAACAUUUUUGGUGGAGUUUUGCCAUUUUGGUGAAUGUUCAGGACUAAAACAAAAGUGCGUUUUGGUGGUAAAUACUGCUGCGCCUAUAAUUCAUUUGUACAUACCUACAUAUAUAAUGGGUGAUUUUUUCUGCUGUCUAUCUGAGGAUGUUUGUGGGAGAAAAUGAAAAGGAAGAAAGCAGAAUAUCUGUUGUUUGAAUAAUUAAAGAGGAAAAGCUUUUAGAGA